UUCGCAGCCUCCUUCAGUCAGCGCUCCGCUCAUUCACAGUCCGGUGCUGGAGGACAAACGUGGACCUGAGACAGAGAGAGACGCGGUUCCGUCCACGCCGUCAACAGUGGAACCAGAGUCGCGCACUGAUUUCUUUCUUUUUAUCAUUUUUGUUUCCGCACUUUUGCUGAGCGAAAGUGGAGCUUUGGUCCACACUGGGUCGAGGCUUCUUGACUUCCACACCAUCAACACCAUCAUCAACAUCAACACCAUCAUCACCAUCAACACCACCCGCUGCUGCUGCUGCUGCUGCUGCUGGAGAACCUGAACGCACGAGCUGAGAUGAGGAGAGGCGGCGCGUCCUGCUGAGGAUGCUGAACAGAUACUGGAUCUGUGCGUGUAUCCAGGUGCUAAACACCACCUCUGGCAGUCAUGAGGAAUAGAGGGCUGAAGACGCAGUCCUGAAGAUUGAUGGAGGGCCAUGCUAUUCAAACAGCAGGCAUUGCUGAGACAGAAGCUCUUCGUACUGGGCAGCCUCGCUAUUGGAAGUGUCCUUUAUCUCGUGGCCAGGGUUGGGACCUUGGAUAGGCUACAGCCCAUUUGCCCCAUUGAGAACAGACUGACCCCUCCUGAGCCAGAGCAAAUCCCACUCCGUACCUUGCAGUUUAAGCGUGGCCUGCUUCAUGAAUUACGUAAGGGCAAUGCCACCAAAGAGCAAAUACGCCUGCACAACCUGGUCCAGCAGCUGCCACGUGCCAUCAUCAUUGGUGUGCGCAAGGGAGGCACUCGUGCCCUGCUGGAGAUGCUCAACCUGCAUCCAGCCGUGGUCAAGGCUUCACAGGAGAUUCACUUCUUUGACAAUGACCAAAACUACGCCCGUGGAAUCGACUGGUACAGAGGGAAAAUGCCCUUCUCCUUCCCUCAUCAGAUCACCAUUGAGAAGAGCCCCGCCUACUUCAUCACAGAGGAAGUCCCUGAGCGCAUCUUCAAGAUGAACUCCUCCAUCAAGCUGCUGAUCAUCGUCCGCGAGCCCACCACCAGAGCAGUGUCGGACUACACGCAAGUUCUGGAGGGCAAGGAGCGCAAAAACAAGACCUACCACAAGUUUGAGAAGCUGGCCAUUGACACCAACACCUGCGAGGUGAACACGAAGUACAAAGCAGUGCGGACCAGCAUCUACACCAAACACCUUGAGCGAUGGCUCAAGUACUUUCCUGUGAAGCAGUUCCACAUCGUGGAUGGGGACCGCCUUAUCACGGACCCGCUGCCAGAGUUGCAGCUCGUCGAGCGCUUCCUCAACCUACCCUCAAGGAUCAGCCAAUAUAAUCUGUACUUCAAUGCCACCAGGGGAUUUUACUGUCUGCGAUUUAACAUUGUCUUUAAUAAGUGCCUGGCAGGCAGCAAGGGACGCAUCCAUCCAGAGGUGGACCCAUCAGUGGUGACAAAACUGCAGAAGUUCUUUCACCCCUUCAAUCAGAAGUUUUACCAGAUCACCGGCAGAACAUUCAACUGGCCAUGAAGAACUUUAAACUUCCAUAAAAUGAGAAUCCUGGAUUGGUGUUUUACUAAAACAAAAAAUGGCGCUCUAUAAGAAAAUAAGAACAGCACUUUGACUGAAUAUAAACGGAUACUUUAAGGUUUUAUUAAGUGUGGUUGUUGUGAAGCUGACACGUAAUCAGCACUGCCCAUAGUGCAGAGAACCGGUCUGCGACAUGGAGGCUCACUUUCGCUGAAAACAUGACUGUCUUUCAGUGUUGCCAGCUACUUUCAAUGGGAAGAAGCUGUAAGACCUCCCCUUUCACUUUCACUCUCUUAAUUACCUUUAAUUACAGUUGCUGUCCAUUACACCAGGUUUUUGUUAUUUCUCGAUUAUUUUGCAUCAUAAAUGUGUAUCUUUGUGAACUAUAUAGCAUUCUAUAUCAAAACAAACACUUUAAUUUGUGAACUAUCAUCAUGAAUACCUUUUUUGCGAUGUCAUGAUGGAAUAUCAAGAUAUCAUUUUGAGCCUUACUUACACCCACCAUGACUGAACAGGCUGAACAGCCACUUCUUGACCACACUAGAAGUUAGUUUUCCCCCCAGGUCAUUUUUGUUUGAGGCCCCUGGUUUAGGGGGACAUCGGGAUUAGGCCCUCGCCUCCAUGUCCCAGUCAGUCAGCUCUGACAACCACACUUCAAAAAAACCUGAAAUACCCCUUUAGUGCAAGAACAAUAGUGUGACCAAUAUAAAAGGAACUUGAUGUAAGUUUGUUUCUGCGUGUGUGAAAAUGAAAUGUCAUAAGGUGGAAUGGUUUGACUCAAAGAUCUUGCAGAUUAAUGUGUGUGUGUCAGUUUUCCCUAUUAAGAAAAAAACAAGUGCUGAGCUGUGAUUAACGAAAGAGAAUCAAACAAUGACAUUCAUGUUGUUAAGAUAAGCUUUAAGUGUGAUGAUUUCCUUUCAUGAUAAAAGCCCUUUGAGGACGACAAAAUGCAAGUCACAAACAGCUAAAUUGUUCUUUUGUUCUCUGUCAUGUUUAUUUGACCAAAGCUGCAUGUGCAAUCAAGGAUCUUGUAACAGUUUGAUGUUUUCUGUUGUUUCCACCACAUUUUUCAAUUUACUCUGUGAUCGGUCCAUUGAAAGGUCUCAUCCCAAAAUCCCCGUAAGAGGAUCGUCAGUGUAGAACUUUGAUUCCAAAGCAUUUUAGACUUGAACUUGUGUUUUAUUGUAACUAUGUUGUUUCUUCUCCAACAGCUCUCUCAUUGGUUUAUGGGAUAUCUGGCAAAAAGCCAUAGUGAAAAAAUAAUAUCCUCUGAUUACUCUUGUCAAACCAACACUUUGUUCUAAGAUGAAUAUUGAAAAUCUGUCUCAUUCUGUAUCAUGUGUGUUGUUUAAAAAUAAAAAACCUGUACAUUUGUCAACUUA